GUCUCUCUCACAUCCAUACAUACAUACACUCCCUCUUACACUCUCUCUUCCUCUGAAAAACUUUGUGGCCUUCUUUUCUCUCUCUGUUUUGGAUUUACAAUAAAUCCUCAAUAUCUUCAACCUCAGUCUCAUAACGCAAGAAUACAGAGUGCUCUGUUUUCUCCUCUGUUUUUCUGUUUUUCCACACCAGCACCUCAGUCUGCUCUCUCUCUCUUCUGAAUCUGUUUGUUUCUUCUUUUGAAGCGUGUUUUGACUAGAUAUGACGAAGCAGAAUGUGGUAGUUUCCGAUGCUGAAGCAGAAAUCAUGAACAUGGCUAUAUCGGUGGCCGUUUCGAACUCUUCCAUUUUCACGGCGGUGGCCGAAAAGCCUCCCGUGGGCCCGCCUGGGUACAUCCCCAUUUCCAGGAAGAGGUUCUUGAACUUGAAGAAUCUUGACAGCAUCAAUGGAGCUGAAAGAAUCAACUCUUGGGUGGACUCAAUGAGAGCUUCUUCUCCCACCCACUUAAAGUCCUCAUCUUUUUUGAAAGAGGACCAGAGCUCAUGGAUUCUUCAGCACCCAUCAGCCUUGGACAUGUUUGAGCAGAUUAUUGAUGCUUCCAAAGGCAAGCAAAUCGUCAUGUUCAUGGACUACGAUGGCACACUAUCCCCCAUAGUUGAAGACCCAGAUCGAGCUUUCAUGUCUGAUGCAAUGAGAAAGACAGUGAAGAAAGUGGCUAGAUGUUUUCCCACUGCCAUAGUGAGUGGAAGAUGUAGAGAUAAGGUGUACAAAUUUGUAAAGUUGGCAGAGCUGUACUAUGCUGGUAGCCAUGGUAUGGACAUUAAAGGUCCAGCCAAAGGUUCGAAAUACAAGACAGGCAGUCAAGGUGUUCUUUGCCAACCAGCAAGUGAAUUUCUCCCAAUGAUUGAUGAGGUUUACAAACUACUUGUUGAAAAGACCAAAUCAACUCCUGGAGCCAAAGUGGAGAACAACAAGUUCUGCCUCUCUGUUCAUUUCCGUUGCGUUGAUGAAAAGCAAUGGACUGAACUGGCCUUGCAAGUUAGAUCCGUUUUGAAGGACUACCCAAAGCUCAGACUUACCCAAGGAAGAAAGGUGCUGGAAAUCCGUCCAACCAUCAAAUGGGACAAAGGCAAGGCUCUUGAAUUUCUGCUAGAGUCACUGGGAUAUGCCAACUGCACCGAUGUCUUUCCUGUUUAUAUCGGAGAUGAUCGAACGGAUGAGGAUGCAUUCAAGAUAUUAAGGGAAAGAGGACAAGGUUUUGGCAUUCUCGUCUCAAAAACUCCAAAGGAAACCACCGCGACGUAUUCUUUACAGGAACCAGCUGAGGUUAUGGACUUUCUUCAGCGUCUGGUUGAGUGGAAACGACAAUCAAUUCGGGCCCAUUCCAUGCUGUAAGGACUAAAGAGUAGAAGAUAUAUAUAUCUAUUCCUAAUUCACCCUUCCAAGAAUUGUUAAAAGGGGUGGUUAAUUUAGUCAGAUAAUGUAAUUUUCUCUUGAGGUUAAGUUUGAAAAGACAAGAAAAAGGGGAAGGAAAAUUGUAACUUUUUCUUGGCUGGCUUCACUGCCUUGUACAUUUUGUAACUAUCCUGUACAAGGAUAUAUAUAUAUAUAUGUAUGUAUGUAACUCUGCAAGUUUAUAAAUGCAUAGUUAUCUUUA